AAUUCAUCCUGCCUCACCGCUGCGCUUCCUGGUUGCUAAGCGGUUAGCGUCGCUGGUUACCAUUCCGCCCCAUAAUGCAUCACUUCUCAUGGAGCCUUUGAGGUAACUUGAGCAAAGUGAACCUGUCAGUGUAACGUAGCGCAGUGUCGCAGGUGUUAGUGGAUGCUAUCAUCGCUUAGUUGUCUUCACUAUGUCUAGAAUCGAUGAACGGAAAAGACUGAACGUAUAAGGUGUAUGGACUAAACAUAAUAAAUGAUGGAGAGGGAAUCGCACAACUGCGUGGUGUUCAACGCUUCUAAAAGAGAAGUGUUCACGGCCAGCAAUGGAUACAAAGCAAUGCAGAAGAGACUACGAGCUCAGUGGAAAAUCCAGAGCAUGAAAGAUGAGCUGUCCAUGGAGAAGCUACAUGGCGUCAAGUUGUGGAUCUCUGCAGGUCCGAGAGAGAAGUUCACAGCAUCAGAGCUGGAGUUGGGUUCUUGCCACAUGUUCAGUGACCAAUACAUCGACAAAGAAGAGAACAGUAAAAUCCUGGAUGUCGUGCUGCAGUGGCUCAUGACUGACAAUAUACAGCUGAAUCAGAUUGAUGCAGAAGACCCAGAGAUAACAGAUUACACCAUGUUGCCAGACACAGGGUGUUUGUCAGAGCAGCUCAGAGUGUGUUUACAAGAGGGUGAUGAAAACCCCAGGGACUUCACCUCUCUCUUUGACAUGUCUUUGUUCAAUUUGUCCACUGACACCUUACCCCAAGUCAUCAGUGCUUACAAACAGCUUAAUGUCAAAGACGAGCCACUUCAGCUGAUCACACCACAGUUUGAGACUCCACUGCCUCAGCUUCAACCUGCUGUCUUUCCACCUGCCUUAAGUGAUCUACCUCCACCCAUGUUGGACCUGUUUGAUCUGGAUGAAACGUUCUCUUCUGAGAAAGUGCGGCUAGCACAGCUCACCAAUAAAUGUACGGACGACGAUCUUGAGUUCUAUGUGCGUAAAUGUGGUGAAAUUCUGGGUGUGACGCCUAAGUUGGAUAAAGAGCAGAGGGACGCCAAGCACAUCUUGGAACACAUUUUCUUUCAGGUCGUAGAGUUCAAGAAACUCAAUCAGGAGCACGACAUCGACACUGAGGCACGAUUCACUCCGGUCUGAGUGGAUUUAAGCAACCUUUUCAACUCUGCCUUUUCAAUAGACAGGUGCUGCUUAAAAUAAUUUAAUAUCAUGAAGGUAAUGUUUUUCAAAAAGUGAACUUUCAUAUCAAAACAAAGAGGCGUGAUAUAUUUCACACCCUGUAAUGAAUCUAGAAUAUACAAAGUUUCUCUUUUUGAAUUAAAAUUAUAUUUAUCUUUCCCAGGAUUUUAACACACCUGUUCCAUGACCAAGCUGAUAGGUAGAUUCUAACAUAGAUAUGAUCAUGGACUUUCCCAACAUGGU